GGAGGAGGCACCCGACGGUCCCGCGAUCGCGAGCCCAUCCCCGGCGAGGUGGGAUUGGACUGGGCGAGAGCGGAGCUGAGCUGUCGAGGGGGCUCCUGUCGUAACCCCCGCGCUGGCUGGCUGACGGGGCCAUGACGCCACGCGUGAUAAAGAACGCCUUCAGUGAAGUGCUGGGAUGGACGUGGAAGGUGGCGGACGGGGCGGGCGGACGAGGAGGAGAACAGGGCGCCGCUGUGAUGGCGAUGGUGUCACCUUUGGGCGCGCGUCCAUGUGCUUCGCGGGAAGGGGAAGAAGUGGCACGCGGCCGUCGGAAUUGACGAGACAGCGAUGAGGAGUGGGAGAGCGGACCCACGGGGGAGUAGCGGAGGCGCCACCGCCAUGGAGAAGAAGCAGGAAAUGCCCACGGCGAAGGAGGACAAGCGGAAAGACAAGAAGCCGAAAUCCGUCAAGCUCUUCCGGAAGAAAUCACUCAAGUCGGUGGGGAGUUUUAUGAACAGAAUCAUGAAAAGCCUCGGCACUUUCACCCACUUUGCAGACACGCAGGAGGCGGAGGACGACGACGGAGGCUUUGGGAAUGGCGCACCUUGCACCCUCGGUGCCAGCUCGGGGGUUGCCAAAGAGGAUGGGCAGGUGACUCGGCUGGCCAAGAACCCCCCUCUCGCCAGGGACAAACUUUACCACUACGGGGACAAAACGCCUGGCGUACUGGGCUUGAAAAACCACGGGAACACGUGUUUCAUGAACGCCGUGGUCCAGUGUCUGAGCAAUACCGACCUGCUGGCCGAGUACUUGGGACUGGAGAGGUACAAGUUGGACCUGAGUGACACCGCGCCGGUCCACGGGAAUGGGAGGAGGGGGGAGAACCGCUUUGCUCACGUAGAGGUCACGGAGCACUUGGCCUCGCUCGUUCGGGCUCUGUGGACUCUGGAAUACACCCCGCAGCUGUCUGUGGACUUCAAGGCUAUUGUGUCUAAGUAUGGAUCACAGUUUCGUGGUAAUUCCCAACACGAUGCCCUGGAGUUCCUUCUGUGGCUGCUGGAUCGUGUCCAUGAAGACAUAAAUUUGGCCUCACACAAUAACAACAAUACGACCAAAGCCAGUGAUAAGGGUCCCAAUAAAGAUGAAAAUCUGGUACAUCCUGACCUGUCCCAUUCCCAGCAGCUUACCCUGCAUCAUAGCUUUGUCCAGGAACAUUUUCAGGCACAGUACAAGUCUUCACUGACAUGCCCCCAUUGUUUGAAACAAAGCAACACCUUUGACCCUUUCCUUUGCAUCUCUCUCCCUAUUCCACUUCGCCAAACCAGGCCCAUGUGUGUGACUCUGGUGUUCAGCACCAAAGGACAAAGGUACCUGAGAGUUGGUCUGGCCGUGCCCCUGUUUGGGUCUGUCACCUGCCUGAGGAGGAUGGUGGCUGACGAAGGCAACAUUUCCCCAGAUCAGGUGAUCCUGACUGAGGUCUACUCCACCGGGUUCCAACGCUCCUUCUUUGAUGAAGACGAUAUUACCAGUAUAGCAGAAAAUGAUGUAAUCUACGCCUUCCAGGCUCCCCCACUCUAUAUCAGAGGAGGCUCGGCGCGGACUUCAGGAUACCAUCACAGUCUCCCAUCUUCUACAUAUGCCACUGGUCCUGAGGGAAAAAGGUUACCUUCAUCCGGGGCGUUGUCUUCAGAAUUUCUCAACCAAGGCAUCCCUGUAAAGAUUUUGCUGUUGGUAUGCAACGCAGCAGGAGCAGGUCAACAGACUAUUAGGUUUGGCCCUCCGUUCUUAAUGAGGGAGGAUCGGUCCAUUUCCUGGGAUCAGCUGCAGCAAAGUAUUCUGAGCAAGCUUUACUACCUGAUGAUCAAUGGGGCACCGGCACAGAAUAACAGAGUACUGUUCAACAUCCGUGUGGUGGGAGGAUCAUCAUUUUACAGCUACUUGUCACCACAGGACAGUCAGCCACUGCACCAUCCUGCAGUUGACAGAGCUCUGAAACUCUGCAGCUCAGGAGGACCCCCGCAUGUGAAACUCAUCAUUGAAUGGGAGUACAGAAUCAAAGACUGCCUGUUUGGCAACAUUCAGGAAGAGGUGGUGAAGGAUGCGGACAGCGUAAGGAAUCAGCAGCAGCAGCAUGUCCAGCAGUACAGCUGCACCUUGGAUGAGUGUUUUCAGCUCUACACCAAAGAGGAGCAGCUUGCCCCUGAUGACGCCUGGAAGUGUCCGCAUUGUAAGCAGCUGCAGCAGGGCAUGGUUAAAAUGAGCUUGUGGACGCUACCGGACAUCCUCAUCCUCCACCUGAAGCGCUUCAGGCAAGUGGGCGAGCGCAGAAACAAGCUGACCACGUUUGUAAAUUUCCCCCUGGUGGACCUGGACAUGACCCCGCACAUGGUGAACCACAACCACGACACGCAUCAGCCUCCGCCUCAUCCGGGCCGAAAGCAGUCCAGACGGUCUGACCUGGCUACUCCUGAUUUCCUGUACGAUCUGUACGCUGUGUGCAACCAUCAUGGAGGGAUGCACGGGGGCCAUUACACAGCCUUCUGUCGAAAUUCUGUGGACGGUCAGUGGUACAGCUACGAUGACAGCAAUGCUGAGGCAGUUCCAGAGGGAGAUGUCUGCACACGAGGCGCCUAUAUCCUCUUCUAUCAAAGGCGGAAAACCAUCCCAGCGUGGUCUGCAAGUUCUUCAGUCACUGGUUCCACCAGCUCCACCACUUCUGACCACUGGCUGGCGCGACUCACGGGGGGAAGUGACAGAGGUGGCCUGGUGACACCCGCAUCCAUCUCGGGGCACGCAGCACCAAUGCAGCCUCCUGAGUCUGCGCAUGUGCCGGUUUUAGGAGAGGAACUGCGCAAAACAGCAGACACAAAUGGAUUUGACUCCAAACCAUUUGUCCGUGGGAUGCAGGCAAGGAGUGUCAGUAUGAGAUCGCCAACUAAGCCCAAGGAGACUUUGAGCAAAGUCCUUCCUCUGCGAUGGUCUUUCGGAGCCAAGGACCGCGUAAAGCAUUCGGUCGAGACCCAGUCUGGAGAAUUGGUAGAAUAUCUGGAGUCUGGCCGCCGCCCACGGUGUACCAAGGACCCGAUCGUAGCGCUGGUGGCCACCCCGCCGCAAAGGCACGGCCAGGGAAGAGCCUUUGAAACUGGACAUGAGCGGAGUUCGCCGAGCGGUAGCAGCCUGAGCUGCGCAGAACCAUGCUACUCCCCCAAAAUACCAGCGGGACAGAGCAGGCCUGGUAUGGAGAGACAGCUCAGUAACAUUGUCAAAGGUAGGGAUGACAGUACUCAGAGGGGGAGGUUAUCUAAUAAAAGGUUGAGGCAGGAGCACGGCAGGACUUUGGACAUCCAACUUCAGAGAGUGGCCAUGUUAGGAGCGCAUAUCAGCCAUAGUGCGCCACCGAGCAGAGAUUCCACACUGAGAAAAAACAAGGUCCAUUUCGGGGGGAGCACCAGAGCACCGAAAGAUGCGUUAGUCGUUCAACCGGAGGGACAAAGGGGCCAUCAGGGUCAGAGCCAAGAGAGCCUCGUGGCCUUUUUCAAACCCGGUUUCAUCCGGAAAGACAUCCCGAGAUCGCCACUAAGGAAUCACGAAAGCCGUGUGAAUGGAUACGCGCAUUUGGGAAAGCUGGCGAGCGGCGAUUUCACCAAACUGUCCCUCUCCAACGGAACGCUGAGCGCGAUGUCAAAAGACGAGCGCAAGGCCAACGUGCUGCCCUGCUGCAAGGUCCAGCUGCUGGACGGACAGGCUGCGUGUCAUGACUGCGCAGACAUCAAGCGGGCUCACAGCUCCAGCAACAUUCAGACAAAGCUGGAUGUGACGUUCAACAGGUGCGCCUCGCUGCAGAGGAACGGGGACGUCACGGCCCCGCAGCGCGUCCUGCUCUCAGACAAGCCCGCUUUUGCUACCCUGCAGAGGACACGAUUCAGUACCACCUCACUGGUGCCGCUGUGACGUCCCACAUGACUAGUGGACCCCUAAGACAUCGCUGGGAAGGAGUGUCUUCUUUCCUUUCUUUUUACAGUAGUACUGUUAUUUCUUACCUGUGUGUGGCUUAAACUAAAUCUAUGCAGAGUUGAAUUUCUGAGGUGGGUUACAGCUGUCAUUUGGAGGAAUUGUGCCAUUGGAUUUUGCCUUUGGAAUUCAGUGAAACCUGCACUAUUCACAAGGGACAGCCGUGCAACAAGAUGGAGGCAAAGAAGUCAUUUUUGUCUCAAUUAAACUUCUCAACUGACUUAAACGUAGUUCCUUAGCCCCCCAGAUACCACGAAAUAGCAGCAAAACACUACUUUUGUCUAAAUGAAACCCCUCAGUCCCGUCGACAUAGAUCCUUGGCACUGAGAUGCCACAUGAUGGCUCCAAAGUAACACUUUCUUUGCUUCGGCCAAAGCACAAAAGCAGCAAAAUCGGGAGUUUUUCAGCAAAUCGUUGCGAAUCAUUUCCAGACAAAGAAAACGGUGAAAUGGCAAAUUUGGAAAUGACAAACCGCAAAUAUGCAUGGAUUCCCUGUGUUUUAAAAGCUGUGGCAUGUUCACAACGUCACGUGUGGGGAGAAGAGUAGAUUUGAAUUUAAAUACAAUACAGUUCCAGCAUAUAUAUAUAUAUAUAUAUAUAUAUAUAUAUAUACUUGUUUUUACACACAGAAAAUGCACUGUAAAUUGGCUGUUCAAUCAUUAUGUUUUUGUAAUAUCAUUGCACUUUUAUAAAAGACAUAUUUUCUUACAUGACUUAAACUGUAAUGACUGUAUGUCCUUUACGUUAGUCCAAGUUCCAAAUUGUUAUUAUUAAAACAGCUAUUGAUGAAAAGAUAUUCCGUUUGUUUGGGAAAUUGCCUGACUUCCAACUUGGUUAAGAAAUUCAACUUAAUUCAAGAGAAAUCCAAAAAUUGUUUGCACACAUGCCAAUAUUUUAUUUAUUUAUUUUUGCGCCCCAGGAGUGAGUGUAUGUGUGCGUGUGUGUGUCCGCAUGUGUGUGUUUAUAAUUGUUGGAUUUAUAUACAGAAUUUAAAUUAAGUGAAGUUUAACUCCUUUUUAGAAAAGAUUGUGUCAAUAAUAAUUGACGGUGUGAAUUUGAAGUUAUUUUGUGUACAGAGACGACACACUGAGAGUAUGUCAUGCCACAGUCGCACUUACACUUCAACAACAACAACUUACACAAAUUACAGUCACAAAUUUUGAAAGAAGCUUGUGAAAAAAAAAUCUGAAUGAACCAUUUGCUUUUCAAUUUUGUGUUUUUUACAUUAUAAAACUGUCACACUGGGAAAAUUACAGUUAGGGAAUGUGAAGGAAGAGACCCGACGGGUUGCCCCGUUGCAGCUGUGGUCGACACAACACUCUUUAUCAAAAAGGCGAUGAAGGAUGUUUAGAGAUUAUAUUUUAUUACUAACUUUUGUAAAAGUCUACAUUUUGUACUGACAUCUAAUAUUAAGAAUUGUUUUAUGUUAUUGUUAUGUGGGGGAUUAAACUAGGUACACUUUAGCCCGUAUUGGACUUUCUGUAUCUGCUUCUCGUACUGACAUUUUCUGGAAUUCACAUUAAACACAUUUUUCU